GCUGCCCGUUCGAGGUAGUUCGGCCGUCGCACUUCGCAUGUUCUACACCUAACAAAUCGCGAUGACGCCAUUCGCGGGGCCAAACGCCCAACCUCAACUAUCAGUAAAUUUAUAGCCAACGCGCCCACAGCUCUCGCAUCACGAACACGGCCCCAAAUUACCUCACCAAAUCACGCCCAAAAGAUCCAACCAUCCACAAUGAAAGCCUACUGGUACGACAACCUCCCCGGCGACCAGCGCGCCCCGCACGACUCUGGCCGCGAGGUUUCCCCAGACAGCCUCAAACAACUCGGCAUAUUGUUCAAGCACUGCCCAUCAGUCGCGGAUGUCGACGAAAUCGCGACUUCCCGCUCCUACAAGAACCGCGACGAGAUCACCGUCUCCCCGCAAACCAUGGGCGCCGCCUACGAAGAAAAGGUCAAAAACUUCUUCCACGAGCAUCUGCACGAGGAUGAGGAGAUACGGUAUAUAUUGAACGGCGCAGGGUACUUUGAUGUGCGGAAUGAGGGGGACGAGUGGGUAAGGAUUCGGCUCGAGAAGGGGGACUUGAUUGUUAUGCCUGCGGGGAUAUAUCAUCGGUUUACGACGGAUGAGGAGAAUUUCACGAAUGCCAUGCGGCUGUUCAAAGAGGACCCGAAGUGGACGCCGCUGAACCGCGGGGAGGAGACGGAAAAGAACCAGUAUAGGCAGGAGUACCUCAAGACGCGGCACACGUUGGCGGCAUAGUCGCUGCGGUAUGGGAUAGCGGCGCGGAUUGGAGAGGGAGUCGUGACACGAUGCAUAUGGAUGUACGACCGAGAUAGGAUAUCAUUUCCAGAAGUCAUGCUGCGCCUGGGCAGGUGCGUGAGGCAGGCAAGCAAGCAAGCACUGCUCCGACCCGUCUACCCAUGACCAUGACCGCGACAAACAACCGUCGAGAAAGCAGAUGGAGUCUAUAUCUACACCGCCCAAAUCCACGUCCGUCCAUCAUC